AUGAAGUUCAUCUGGAUAUGUGCAGCAUUGACAGCUAUGUUUGUUACAGGUGAGUCUCUGACCUGUCACAGCUGCAAAGUGGGCAUCGGAGGUAAAUGUCUGUUCAAGUCCACAGAGACCUGCAGUGGCUCUCAGCCCAACUGUUACUGGGGAAAACUGACCUUCAACACGAGUCAUUUCGUGACCCUGCAGACUCGAGGCUGCAUGGCCUCGUCUCUCUGCAACCAAACUGAGACGGGCGCCCUCCUGACUGUGGGGUACUCCCUCACCAGGACCUGCUGCAGCACUGACUGCUGUAAUGGAGCCUCAGCUGUCCAGCUCCCUCUCACGGCUGCUGUGGGUGCUGCCCUCAUGGCUGUUGUUAGCACCUGGAGCCUUUAA